UAAUAUUAUCGAUAGACUUUUGUCCGUUUCAUACAUUUUGUAAACAACUCAAAAACAUAAUGAGCGCCUUGAAACAAAUGUUCAAAUUAUAUGCCAGUCUGGGCAGACUGACCAUCACAACUCCGACAGCACGGAGUUUCUGUAAUGUACGACGUCAAUACCACUUGCUGACAACAGCAACAGAAACAGCAACAACAAUAUUAAACAACAAACACACGUGCCUGCAACGUUUCAGCGAUAAGUGCAAAACAGAAACAGAAACAGGAACAGGAAUACAAGAUGAAGCAAAUCGCGGGGUUCGCAAUCAGAUACCAUUGGCUGAGCUGGUAACGAAAAUGCAGCUGAUUUAUACAUGCAAGGUGUGCCAGAGUCGGAAUAUGGAGACCAUUUCAAAGGUGGCCUAUAAUCGUGGCGUGGUCAUUGUCACCUGCAAGGGCUGCAGCAAUCAUCAUUUAAUUGCGGACAAUUUGAAUUGGUUCACGGAUCUCAAUGGCAAACGAAACAUUGAGGAGAUACUCGCCGAAAAGGGAGAAAAAGUUGUUAAAAUUGUUGAUGGCAAACAUGAAUAUUUGCCAAGUGAUUAAACAGAUUAUUGCGAGCAUUUGUUAACUAUAAA